UGAUGGAAGUGAACAGGAAGACAGAGAGGUACAUGAUGAAGAUGCACAGGAAGACAGAGAGGAAGAUGAUGAAGAUGCACAGGAAGACAGAGAGGAAGAUGAUGGAAGUGAACAGGAAGACAGAGAGGUACAUGAUGAAGAUGCACAGGAAGACAGAGAGGAAGAUGAUGAAGAUGCACAGGAAGACAGAGAGGAAGAUGAUGGAAGUGAACAGGAAGACAGAGAGGUACAUGAUGAAGAUGCACAGGAAGACAGAGAGGAAGAUGAUGAAGAUGCACAGGAAGACAGAGAGGAAGAUGAUGGAAGUGAACAGGAAGACAGAGAGGAAGAUGAUGAAGAUGCACAGGAAGACAGAGAGGAAGAUGAUGGAAGUGAACAGGAAGACAGAGAGGUACAUGAUGAAGAUGCACAGGAAGACAGAGAGGAAGAUGAUGAAGAUGCACAGGAAGACAGAGAGGAAGAUGAUGGAAGUGAACAGGAAGACAGAGAGGUACAUGAUGAAGAUGCACAGGAAGACAGAGAGGAAGAUGAUGAAGAUGCACAGGAAGACAGAGAGGAAGAUGAUGGAAGUGAACAGGAAGACAGAGAGGAAGAUGAUGGAAAUGAACAGGAGGACAGAGAGGAAGAUGAUGGAAGUGAACAGGAAGACAGAGAGGAAGAUGAUGGAAAUGAACAGGAGGACAGAGAGGAAGAUGGUGGAAGAAAACAACAAAGAGUCUGUGAAAUAAAAAGCCAAGAUCGAGAUGAGUUUCUUAAGAAACAGCUAGAUGAUGAUCUUGUAUACCCUGGUGCUCCUCUCACGAAGGGACAGAGUCUGCUUUUACUCAUGUCAUAUGUACUGAGGCACAAUUUGACAGGUGUAGCACUUCAGGAUCUUCUUACAUUGUUUAAUGCACAUUUCCCUGGCUUGGUACCAGCAACCACAUACCUUUUUCAUAAAGCCUAUGGACAGUUUGGCCAGUAUAAGCCCCAUUUCUAUUGUAUCAACUGUGAAACCUACAUUGGACCCAGUGAGACAGCACCACAAAACUGUUCUUCUUGUAAUACUGAAUUUGACAUUGAGAACAGCCUAAAACUUGGGUCGUACUUUCUUGUACUUAGCCUAUCAGCCCAAAUAGUGGACAUUUUGGAAAAACCUGAUAUACAUUUGAAUACAAAGGAAUCA